AGUAGGGAGCGCGGAAUGCACGUUGCUAAAGCACCAAGAGCAAUAACACAGUUGACGAGAAACGCAUAACAGAAAAGGUCGCAGUGUACCAGUGUUGCGUCGCGGUGAAACUAUUUAAGUGGAUUAAUUAUUACAAAUUCAUAUUAAUUUGGUACAUCUACAUUCUUCUAACUCUGUCAAGAUGGAUCGGCGUUUCGUAAACGUUAUUUUGUUAGGAUUUGGCUUCAUGUUUGUCUUUACUGCAUUUCAAACAAUGGGGAAUAUAGAGAAAACGAUCCUCGACAGCAUAUCCCAAGAUGACCCCUCGUUCACCGGCGACGGGUACACGUCCCUGGCCAUCAUCUACGCCACGCUGGCCGUCUGCAACUGGCUGGCGCCGUCCGCUAUCACGCUCACGGGCCCGCGCGGCGCCAUGAUCAUCGGUGCGGUCACUUACCUGUUCUUCAUAGUGACGUUCAUGUUCCCCCGCACCGCUCUGCUGUACGCGGCGAGCGUGCUGAUCGGCGCCGGCGCGGCCGCCAUAUGGACGGGGCAGGGCAACUACCUCACCGUCAACAGCGAUGCUGAGACCAUCUCCCGCAACUCUGGAGUGUUUUGGGCCAUGCUGCAGUGCAGUUUAUUCUUCGGUAACCUGUUCGUGUUCAUAAAGUUCCAAGGCAAGCAGCACAUCGACCAGGAGACGCGUAACAUGGUGUUCGGCUGUCUAACCGCAGUAUGCGCACUCGGCAUAGUGUUCCUGCUGUUACUGAGGCCCGCUAAGCGCGCACCAGCUAUUGAAGAUGCCAAGAUUGAAGUCGUGAGCAAUGAGCCCACCACUCCCCUGGACGCGUUCAAAGGAGCCCUGAGGUUGUUCUGCACGAGGGACAUGCUGUUGCUGAGUGUUACGUUCAUUUAUACUGGCGUGGAACUGUCGUUCUUCAGCGGGGUGUACAGCCCGAGCAUUGGCUUCACGCUGUCCAUGGGCGAGAACGUGAAGCAGCUGGUCGGGUUGUCUGGAGUCUUCAUCGGCCUGGGGGAGGUGCUGGGUGGAGCGUUGUUCGGCAUCCUCGGGAGCCGCACCACCCGCUGGGGCCGCGACCCGGUCGUGUUCACCGGCUACCUCAUCCACAUCACCAGCUUCUUCCUCAUCUUCAUCAACCUCCCCAACGUGGCGCCCUUCGGAGACACCAACGAAACCUCCUACAUCACCCCCUCGCCGCCUCUCGCUAUGCUGUGCAGUUUCCUGCUAGGCUUCGGUGAUGCGUGCUUCAAUACGCAAAUAUACUCGAUAUUGGGAGGGAACUACGCCGAUAACAGUACAUCGGCGUUUGCCCUGUUUAAGUUUACUCAGUCGCUGGCCGCCGCGGCGUGCUUCUUCUACUCGUCGCGCGCGCUGCUGUCGGUGCAGCUGGGCGUGCUGGCCGUGCUGGGCACGCUGGGCACGGCCGCCUUCUGCCGCGUGGAGGCGGCGGCGCGCGCGCGGCGCCGCGCCGACGCGCAGGACCUGGACGAGAAGACGCCCGCCACGCACUCGCUCGCCGACAACGCUUUACACUACGAUUGAACACAG